AUGCAACAGAACACACAGGAUCAAUACCAGCCCAAUCAACAAUAUGGAGGGCAAGGUUAUGUGCCGUCUACGGCACAGGCUGGAUAUCCGCAAGCUCAAGGGGCAGGAGCCUAUCCCCAGGGGCAGGGGGCAGUUGGAUAUCCUCAAGGCCAAACAGGUUACCCUCAGCCCCAAGUGGGUGGCUUGGCGUAUACCCAGCAGGGAGGAUACCCUGGCCUGCAGGCUGGCGGUUAUCCUCAGCAGUACGGUUACGCCCAGCAGUACGGUUACGCCCAGCAGCCUUUGGGCUACACCCAGCAGGCUCCGGCUGACGGCUACCCAUCCCAGCAUGCCGAGCAAACGGGGCCAGCGGGAGCGGCUGGUUUUAUGGCGGGGACGGACGACAUUCCGGCGGACAAACUUUUAACGUCGGACGUGGAUAUAAAGAUACGGAAUGGGUUUGUACGGAAGGUGUACGGAAUCCUCUCAUUCCAGCUACUGGUUACUUUUGGUAUGGCGGCGGCCUUUAACGUUUACCGGCCCGCCGCGGUAUGGCUGUAUGACCAUUGGUGGAUAAUGAUCGUGGCAACCAUUGUGUAUUGUGCGGCAGUUUGCACGAUAACUUGCGUUCCUCGAGCUGCUCGAAGUUCGCCCACGAACUACAUACUUUUGUCGGUGAUUGCUGUUGCAAUGGGCUUGGUUUUAGGAUUCUGUACAGGCGCGGUGGACACGUUUGCCUUUAGUUUAGCUGUAGGGAUGACAACUGCGGUCACUAUUGCAGUGUCUCUCUUUGCUUGUCAGACCAAAUGGGACUUCACCGGAUGCGGGAUAUAUGCAUUCGUAGCACUGAUAGUGCUGACGGGCUUCGGCAUCGGAUCGAUCUUCUUCUACAACAGGAUUUACGAGUUGGUGUACUCAUCCCUAGGCGCAGUCCUAUUCAGUUUCUACCUGGUCAUGGACACACAGAAAAUUGUCGGUGGAAAGCACCGAGCUUACCAAUUCUCUAUCGACGACUACUGCUUCGCUGCUGUCACCCUGUACAUUGACAUCAUCAACCUUUUCAUGUACAUUUUACAAAUUAUAGCCGCUGCGCGCGAUGACUAG